UUGAAUAGGAGUGGGGUUCGACGGUUGUUCCGAGCUUGGGGUGUAUGUAGAUUGCAAUUGUGAUUUGUCUUUAUUCAAGUUCAGUGUGAUUUGUAAGCCUGGAGUGUACACUUUCGCUUUUUCGAUAUUCGUUCGGAUAUGUGUUGAAUACCAGCUAUCGGAAGUACUGCAUUUGUUUUGGAAAUGCUGAAUUGAAAUAGGAAUUUAAUCCAGUUAAAAGUGUCAUAUAACGCGUGAUCAACCUAGGCUAGAUAGUGAACAUGAAGGCAACGAACUUUAUAUUAUUGAUAUGUAUGGUACAAAUAAUUGCGGCGAAGCCAUUUCUUGAAAACCUGCUGAUUCAAGUAGCUCACUCACUUUCAUCCUCAACUCCUGACGACCCAAGUUCGCAUGUUAGUGAUUUUCGCUCCCAGCCUAGGGCGGAUUCGCGAUCUGAAAAUUAUGAAGUGGAACCAAUGGAUGACGACAAAAAUAGCACUGUCAGUGAACAACAAGAUGAAUCGACACCCACACCGCCGACGGGAAUCCUUUCCAACGUGAAAGGAUUUCGGUUAUUUCCGUGGCUGAGGAGCAACAACAAUAGCACCGAGAUGUAUUCCGAUAUAAUUGGCAACAUAAUUGGAUCAGCACGUGAACGGAUCACGACUGCCUUUCAGCGUCUUAUAGCUCCUUUGCAACGACAUCGACAACUGUAUCACCGCCAACAAGAAGAACAAAUGCAACCACAUGAAAAGGAUGCUGCAAGCGAAAACUUAAUGAAUCCAUUUAUUAGGAAUGAAACAAGCAAGAGCACCAACAGUUCAAAUGUUGCGGCCGUCGUUGACGAUGAGUCCAAAUUGUUUUCCAAUACAAGCGAAACUCCACCUCCUGAAAAAAUGAAUCACGACGAAUCAGCAUUAGGAGACAAAGAAAUCUCAUCAGAUGCAGUUUAUCAGACGACGGAAAAUAAAAACAAUGACCAAGUUGAAACUAGUUCGGAAUUUGUGGGAUUAGCAUUGCCUAUUGAGGAAUCUAACCAGCCAAAAGUAUCAUUUCAUCUCGACAGCGAUUAUGCUUUCGAAGCAAAUGAGUCUGGCAUUAUUGGUCCUAUUCAGGCAGAAAAAGGGUUUCUAGCGAAAAGAUUAGAACACAUCUCCAAGCGGCUAAAUGAGACUCGCAAUCAAUUUCGAGCUAGAACAAUACAAGCCGUCUCUUCUCUGGUUCCACUUGUACAACUAGUCGCCGAACGUAGAAGAAGAGGCCGCAAAAUCGUCAAUUCAUUGGAAACAGAAACGACAAGUGGUGGCUCGAUGAUGCUGGAAAAUUAUGGCACGGCAAAAAAUAAUGAAGAAAAUAAUUUUCCUUUACCGCCGCAUUUAUCUCGUCUGUCUAGUAAUUUAUUGGCUCUGCAUCCCAGGAGUAAGGAACGCCGAGCUGCCCUAGUGUUUCAGAACGCAUUCAACAACUAUGCUCAACUAGUAAUUAAUGGUCGAAACGCAUCUACAGGCGAUGGAAAUUCAAUCUCGAACACGAUUGAACAAAAAGACGGAAAUGACAAUUAUUCUGCUGGCGGGGAUGCAGGUGAUGAUGGCGAGGGCGGAAGCGACGCCAACAACGAGGACGACAACGACGACGACGCCGACGACGAUGAUGACGACGAUGAGUAUGGCAACAAGGACGACAUUGGAAUAGCCGGUGAGGAAGUCAUUGAUAACAACGUCUCUAGCCGUGCAAGCCGUAUUUCAGCCACCGAACGAAUGAACAUGCAAAGCAUAGCAACGGUCGGAAUAUUAAUUCUUGAAGUGUUCGGUUCAAUAGCGGGCUUAACCUGGGGUGCAUUCAACCAACUACAAUUGCUUUUUCCGUAGUCCGUAGUCAGUGUCAUUGUUCGUGUCCUCGAAAGGAGAUUUAAUCGUUGUAAUGCCUCCUUUUGCGUUGGGUUUGUGCUUCGGGAAGCCACCCACGAUAACGAUCAAACUUGGCGUCUGCUUGUAACGAAUGUGUGAUAAUGUCAAAUGGGUUACCAACCUUGUUGUAAAUAAACUAUAGUUGUUAUACGCAAAAUAAAGUGAAUAAUUUUAAGCUGAUUAGUAUUCGAUACCCGUGCGCAGUCAGGAAGCGUUCAUGUUUUAUUAUGA